CAUUGUCCAAUUCUCAAGUCUUAACAAUCAUGUUAGCCACACUCCCUUUAUUAUUUCCAAAAUGGGCACUAAAAAUCUGCUAAUUAAAGAAGCUCAGCCACAAACAAACACAAACAGAAGUAGCAAUAUCAUAAAACAUGAGGAUGUCAAGGAAAAAAUUUCUUGGCACAGUCCGAAAGAAGCUUUACCAGCCAUCUCCUCCUCAAAAAACUACUAUCAUUAUUGUUCAUAACAACACCAUUACUAAUAGGGUUAGCAGUGCAAAUGCUCAAUCUGCUGCAGAUAAUAGCGGCCUCCAUUUUCUGUCUAAAGAGGAGAUGGCGGCCAUUGCUAUCCAGUCUUAUUUUAGGGGUUACCUUGCAAGACGGAUGUUUAAGGCACUGAAAAGCCUAGUGAAGCUUCAAGCAGUGGUACGUGGAGUAUGUGUAAGAAGGCAAUUACGUAUAGCUCUCCAUUGUAUGCAAUCCCUUGCACGUUUGCAGGUCACAGUCCGAGCUCGGCAACUCCUCAGCAAUUCUUAUGACUGACCAUAAUUACAGUCAGACCUAUCCUUAUAUAACGACAUUUUACUAUAAAAAGCCAAGUUCUUUACGGAAUCAAAUUUCAUUUUCUGCUAUAAUAUAUGUUUUUUAUAACGACAAUUCGCUAUAACAUUCAAAAAUAUGGAACAAACGAGGCUAUUAUAGAGAGGUUUGACUGUACAUUAUUUGUGUAUUUUAAUCUGUUGCAGCAGAUUAUUUUAUUUUCUAUGUAGAUUCUCAUUUAUUACGGAUGUUUACAU